AUCUAAAAAUAUUUACAUUUGUUAAUAUAGGUGAAAUUGACCCUAAAGCUACACACAGAGCAAGUCUGGUUAAACUGUGUAUAAGUAAGGGAAUCAGAAGAAAGUCCAGCACCUCAGAAAUUCUGGUAAGGUGUAUUGUCCAGACCAAGAAUAAAGUGAAGAGAAGUCUUUGCCUCCUCCUACAGUGAUGGAGGCAGAAGGACAGCAGUGGCCUCACAAGACAGACUUUUACAUGCAGUUGCCAAAAGUGGAGCUUCAUGCCCACCUGAAUGGCUCCAUUAGUUCCAGGACCAUGAAGAAAUUAAUAGCCAAGAAGCCACAUCUUAAAGUUCAUGAUCACAUGACCAUGAUUGACAAGGGAAAGAAAAGGACUUUAGAAGAAUGUUUCCAGAUGUUCCAAGUUAUUCACCAGCUGACUACUAACCCUGAGGAUAUUCUAAUGGUCACAAAAGAUGUCAUUAAGGAAUUUGCAGAUGAUGGUGUCAAGUACCUGGAGCUAAGGAGCACACCCAGAGGGGAAAAUGCUACUGGAAUGACCAAGAAGACCUACGUGGAAUCUAUUCUUGAAGGCAUAAAACAGUGCAAACAAGAAAAUGUAGAUAUUGAUGUAAGGUAUUUGAUGGCAAUUGACAGAAGAGGUGGCCCGACAGUAGCCAAGGAGACUGUUGAACUUGCUAAAGAGUUCUUCCUCUCAACUGAGGAUACAGUGCUUGGCCUUGACCUCAGUGGAGAUCCUACUAUAGGACAAGCAACAGACUUCUUGGAACCUCUUUUAGAAGCUAAAAAAGCAGGUCUGAAGUUGGCAUUGCAUCUCGCAGAGAUUCCAAAUAGGAAAAAGGAAACACAAAUGCUGCUGGAUCUGCUCCCUGACAGGAUUGGGCAUGGAACAUUCCUCAACUCCUCUGAGGGAGAGUCCCUGGGUCAGGUGGACUUUGUGAGGCAACACCAGAUACCUCUUGAACUUUGUUUGACCUCAAACAUCAAAAGCCAGACAGUUCCUUCUUAUGAGCAGCAUCACUUUGGAUUCUGGUACAGCGCCGCUCAUCCUUCUGUGAUCUGUACGGAUGAUAAAGGUGUCUUUGCAACAUACCUUUCUCAAGAAUAUCAAAUGGCAGCAGAAACAUUUAAUUUGACCCCAUCUCAGGUGUGGGAUCUGUCUUACGAAUCCAUCAACUACAUCUUCGCAUCUGACAACACCAGAGCAGAACUGAGAAGGAGGUGGAAUCACCUGAAGCCCAAAGUGAUUACACUUUUAAACUGUGAUGAGGCUAACUACAUUUGAUUAUACAUUGUAACCACGAUCUUCCUGCUGCAUCCCACCCAGGGAACUGUCCACUACUGCCCUUGAAGCUCAGUAGCCCAAUGUAUGUGGGGUCUUAAGUCCACACCUUCAUAUGGAAAGUGCUCAAUAACAUCUCACACAAAGAGCCCUGAGGUCUUGCAUGGCUUUACCUCCAUGCUGCUUGCUGGAGGGUUGUUAACUAAUCCCUUAUCCCACUAGUGACUUUCUUUCUUCACUUAGCACUCCUUCCCUAUGAGUGACCAUAAAACUUCCGAGAAGCUCUUUUGUCUUCAGGGAAACCUCUAUGUUUUCUUUCUUCUUCUUUUUCUUUUGGUUUUUCGAGACAGGGUUUCUCUGUGUAGCCUUGGCUGUCCUGGACUCGCUUUGUAGACCAGGCUGGCCUUGGAAUUCAGUGAUCUGCCUGCCUCUGCCUCCCAAGUGCUGGGAUUAAAGGCGUGUGCCACCAUGCCCAGCUUUACCUCUAUGUUUUCUUAGCUUUAAUCAGAUUCCUUCCACUUCCUUUGAUCCUUUCAAGUAGUAUUUCUCAAGACUAUUGUGUCAGGUCACACUGCAUACCCAAACCAUUUGUAUGAAUGCCUAGCAGGUGACUCUGUAGUAACAGAGCUAGAAUCUGGCUUUGCUGUCCUCAAAAUGUCUUAGAAAUAACUGAAAUAAUAAAAAUACUUGAGUGUAAUUAAAGGAAAGAAUUGCUGGCUCAAAGUGAGAAAGACACCUGGCUG